UAUUGCAUGUUAUGCCUUUAUAACUGUCACGCAUUGCACAUUUAACAUUGAUUGAAACGGUGAAAAUGGGUACCUCUUCUUCACAACCACAAUUGCAGUCGUUUGAUACGCAUGUCUAUGAACAACUAAAACAAACGAAGAAGGAAGUGAGAGAACAGCGGCCUCUGAUAACACAGAACGUCAUAGAGCAGAUUUAUUCACAGGAAGACUCGAUGGUUAUACGAUACAGCAACUUAAAAGACAUCAGUGAAAUAACCAAUCACCUUGAAACAAUCUUCAAAGAUGAGCAAGCUUUGGAGUUUCUUACAAAUGCUGCUCAGAAGAUGAUAUCUGCAUUUAAAAGUAGUGAAGAGAUGACUGAAUUGUGUCGCUGGAAUCAAGUUAAGAAGAUACAGAAGUGUGGAGAUCAGGUCGUCGGAAUGGAGUUACAUUACAAAGUCGUUAUCAAUGAAGAUAAGAAUGUAAUCAGGGCAAAUGAUACUAUCGUUAUACUUGGUUACAAGUUCAUUAAGAGUGCUCUGAGUACCAAAGUACACAAUCUACCUGGAGAACAAGAUCUGAAAGCUCUACGAUUUUAAGCCAUUACAAACAAUAAGUUUUUGAUUGAUUUCAAGUUAUGUAGCAUGAAAAUAAAAUGGUGACUCAGGCAACAAUGAAACGUUAUAGUUAACAAUAUAAAGCUCGUAUUUUGUGUAUCACAGCGUUAUACCCAUUGAAGUAAAUAUAUCUGGAAUGGUAAAUCAGGGCUUAAGCUAUUUUUUGUAGGUAGACCCAGUCCUUUAUAAAAGAUUUUUACUAAAA